GGCAGACCCAGCGGUCAAACUAGAGUGAUCAGUUCAGUUGAAACCAUGCUGAGUUCAAUCAAAAACAUGGUGUCUCGUAACGUAAUUCCCAAUAGGUGGAGAACCUCAGACGAGACUUCAGUCCUGAACUGCAAGGCCAAUUUCGGCAACUGGAAGACCAAGCUUGAGUCUGUCCUCAAGUUGAACCACGUCGACUACGUCCUCACCGAACCAAAGCCUCCCGAGCCCACCACCGUAACCCCUCAAACUGGCGUCGCUCGCCACCAGAAAUGGCUCGUCGACGACUCCCUCGCCCGCGGGCUCAUCCUUGAAACACUCGACGCAACGGUUUACGUCUCUUAUCUCCACCACCCCACCGCCGCGUCCCUCAUGAAGGCCCUCACGGACUACUUCACUCAACCCUCAAUGUUCCGGAGGCUCGUCAAGUUCAGGCGCUACAUGGAGCACAAGUUCGGGGAGGGCAAAUCGGUAAAUGAGCAUGUGAAGGAGAUGGGUUCCUUGGCUGCUGAGCUGGAGAAUGAGGGAGUUCAAGUUCCGGAGGAGUUGAAGGUUCUGAUGCUCAUCAAUAGUUUGCCGGAUAGGUGGAGAGAGACUAUUGAUGGGCUAAUGGUGAACAUGGAUAAAGAUGGUCCAGGUGAAAUGGGUCUUGACAAGGUGACCAAGAGGCUCAUUGACUUGGGUUUGAAGAAACACAGAGAAGAAAAUCCAGACCUGUAUGCUACUAUAAAGGUUUCCCGGGAGGAGGAUCUUUUUGAGCAGAUUGGAAAAGACAUCUUUUUCGGCCUUGUGGAUCAUAAGAAAAUCAGAAGUUUUUGUAUUUUGAAGGAGACGCCAUUUGACCAAUUUAAGGAGGAGGUUGCGAAGGAGUUUGGCAUACCAGUACAAUAUCAGAGGUACUGGAAAUCGGAUGAGGGUAAAAUCAGUGAAAAUCGCCCAUGGCGUCGGUUGACACUUAUGGAGGAAAGAGCAUCUGUUGAAGAGUUGACUGGUGAUAUCUCAGAAGUAGACUUGUUCUUAGAACUAGAGCUUGGGCCGGAUGGACACCCUAUCGCUCCACCUGACAGGACAACAGAUGUCAUUCUUCUCUUCUUUAAACUUUAUGAUCCUGAAGCAGAAAAACUACGUUAUGUUGGAAGGCUAUUUGUGAAUCUCACAGAUAAACCUACUGAAAUCUUACCGAAAUUGAACAAGCUUUCUGGCUACUCCCUGGAUCAAGAGAUCGUCCUUUAUGUGGAACUUGAGUUUAAACCCGAGGUCAUCUGUCCCCUCAUUGACAUGGAUCUUACAUUUCGAGACAUCGAGUUGGUUUCUGUGUUGUCGUAUAUGCAGCUUCUGGAGGGAGAUAUUGUCUGCUUUCAAAAACCAACUGCAGUAGAUAAUGGUGGACGUUUCCCGAAUCCAGAUUUCCCUUCUUUUCUGAAGUCAGUGAGACAGUGACUAUAUCUCAUGCUGAAGAUGAUUGACCUCGUGACUGACAUCAGCAGCGAACCAAAAGUCAAUACUUAUUGUGAAUGCAUAACAGUUUAGCUGGAAAAUAAUAUACGCCUUACUGGAAACUUAUUUAUUAAUUGAGUCUACUUUAAGUCGCAUACUGCAAGUUAACUUUUGCUGUCAGAAAUACUACAGUCACUUUGAUAUAUGCGACUAAUGCAGUGAUGAAAGAUUGCUGGAGAAUUUGCUGUAUGGUUUGUAGAUUUACCAAAGUUAACUAGUGAUGAAAGAUUACCGAAGAAUUUGAUACACAGUGUAGUUCUAAUCCUGUGUUUGUACGAUAUUUACUAUAUAUUAAUUUGACAAGCACUAUUUAUA